CAGACAAAGAAUUCAAACCCACCGCCCACCGCAGAUUGCAAACGAAAAAUAUCAUCAUCAUCAAGCUUUCUGAAAAUGGCGAAAUCAAAGCUCAUUGGUUGUCUUGCUUUAGCAAUAACCGGCGCCUUGGUUUUCCUCCCCACGCGAACUCAGGCGCUCAUGCCGUACACGCGCUCGCCGCUCUUUGAUUUGAUGUUCCCGCCGGAAGAUCCCUUCAGGAUUCUGGAGCAGUCGCCGCUGACGAUCCCGAAGGCGGCGGAAUCUCUGGCCCUCGCACGUGCGGACUGGAAGGAGACCGCGAGGGAGCACGUGAUCACGCUCGACGUGCCCGGGAUGAAGAAGGAGGACGUGAAGAUAGAAGUGGAGGAGAACCGCGUCUUGCGGAUAAGCGGCGAGCGGAAGGCGGAGGAGGAGGUCGACAGCGAGAAGUGGCACCGGGCGGAGCGGACCUCCGGGAAGUUCUGGCGCCAGUUCCGCCUGCCCGGGAACGCUGACUUGGAACAGAUAAAGGCGCGUUUGGAGGAUGGGGUGUUGAGGGUUAGUGUUCCCAAAGUGGCGGAGGAGAGAAAGAAGCAGACUAAGGUCAUAAACAUCGCCGGGGAUGAUAGCGCCGCCGCUGGAGAGGACAUUAAGUCCACCAAGGCUGACAUGUGAUGAGCAUAUUUGGCAAUGGCUAUCUACUUUCCUUUUUAGUGUUAUGUGAAGCUUAUGGGUGUGUUCUCUGAUUUUGUGUUUGAAACGUGAGAUCAGUGGCUGAGACAUUAAUCCAUGUAAAUCUAUCUUUUCUGAUUAAUGUAUAAUAAAAUACAAUGAACUAAAAGAAAAUGGUUUUUUUUUUUUUUGUGAUUAAAAAAAAAAGUGGAAUUGGUCAUGCUUUGUGAGUAAUGUUA